AUGAGUUCUCAAAACAGCUACGUCAACGCUUCCCUGAGCUCCCAACCUCUCAGCGCAGGCACUUCAUCCACCUCCACGGUCCGAUCACGGCCUCGCCGACUUGUCUCCUUUAUUGAAGAUGGGGACGUCGAGUCCAGCCUCCAUGACGAUAAUUAUUCUCACAAUGAGUCCCAGCCGUUCACUUCAGGCUUGUCCACAACACUUUCAGCUAACGUGGGGAGCACACGAUCACGAGGCCCAAGUCCCUCGUCGCUUUUGUCCCGUGGCAGCUCCCCGCUGCCGAUGAAACAUCCCUCUCGCGCAACACAACCGGCCAAUAGAAGCUAUAAUGAAGGAUCCUCUCCAUCCUUGACCGCGAGUCAGUUCGCAAAGACGUCGUCCUCAAAGGGCGCUUCGGAUUUUCUGGACUCUUCAUGGUCUUCGCUCCAGAAUUUGGCGUCAUCGGUGCUGGGUAGUGACACGGGGCGCAGUGUGAGUCAGUCUGGGUCGAAGGGCCAUUCGCGCAGGAAGCCAUCGCGCUCAGACAUAUACAUUCGAAGCAUUCCACGUUCGUCGCCGGCGGCAUGGGGUCCUUCAGCACCAGCCCAUUCUGGAAUUGGGACUGGAACUAAGGAGGAACGCCAGGCUUUAGUGCAAGCCAAAAAGCGAGAAGCGCUUUUGCUUGCAGAAUCCGAUCCUAUCACAAGUGGCGCUAUGCGUCACAAACGGCGAGACUCGGGAGAUUACUUUGAUCAGCCCAUUGAUCAUGUUCAUGAGGAUGAUGCUCUCGCCUACAUACACCAAGUGCAAGCAAGUGACAGCAUUACCGGAGUCACUAUUAAAUACGGAUGUCAGCCUGCGAUUUUCCGCAAGGCAAACGGCUUUUGGCCGAACGACAACAUUCAAAGCAGAAAGACGGUUCUGCUCCCAGUUGAUGCCUGUAGUGUGAAAGGCAGGCCUAUAGCGCCUCCGCAGGUAGAUCUCUUGACCCUCGAUUCUGAGGAUGCAAGUGGAAGCUCCCUCACACCGAUCGGCGACACGCCAGUAGUCUCUGUGCUCAAUUCAGAAGCACCGGAGUCGUCGGAAACAGAUCGAAAUCAAGUCUGGAAGCAUGAGACUUGGGUCACCAUAGAGGGGUUUCAAUCACCUGUGCAAAUCGGUCGAGUGCCACGGAAAGCCUUGGGGUUUUUCCCCCGCACCCGCCGGAAAUCUGUGUCAUACACUGACGAGGAGUCUUUGCAAGACGACUUGCUCGGAGAUCUAACAGGUACCCAGUCCCUGAAAGCUUCGCGGGCUGUGCCGGUGGAUGGCACCCCACCCCAAUCGCAGCGUCAAGUAGGGCAGUCGAAACCAGUCCGACCUCAGCACCGUCGCAGGAAUAGUAGCGUGCACUUGAUUGGCACUGGAGUUGGUACACUUGACAGGAGCUCUACCGCCCCAGGUCCCGCCUUGGAUGGCUUGAGCAAGUUUGUCUCUCAGCAUAUGCCAAACUUGAUGCCGCCUCCGAUGCCCGAAACCCUUCGAGGGUCGUCAUUUGGAUCUGAAUCUACGACUGUAUCGAAUGCGUCGACUGGGUUGGAGAACAUCGGCGGGGCCAUUGGAGGUGCCGUCGAGGGCUGGAUUCGGAAGGUUGCAACUCGCACCAAGGCCGGUAUCAAUGAGCUUCAACAAGUAUCGGGGUCCCCGGGUGACCGAACGACGACUGGGCGCAGUCGUGCUCUCUGGGGGCUUGGAGACCUGAUAGAGUUGGAUGACGCCUCUGAAGAUCAUUCUCCGUCCAUGCCUCGAGGCAACUCCUCUCGACGAGAGGAGCCAGCGUCGAAGUCCACAUCAUCAUCCAUUCGAUUAAUGGGAUCCUCUGCCUCUGCGAUGAGCAGGUCUCGCGCACCAGGCCUUGAGAGUGACUCGAGCGUAUAUCGUGGUCGAACCAAGGACACUUGA